CAACUUCCUUCCUCGGCUCCUCGCUUGUCGACCAGAUCCAACCUUAUGCACCACCACAACGCCGCCGUGUUUCACCAACCCAAAGCUCGGGACACCUGAAUCAACGUUUCUCGCCCCAUUCUUUUUUUUUUCCCUCUCUUUUGCACGUCGCUGUUUCAUCUCAAUCGCGAGUCCCUCUAAUCAUCCGCCCAGUCGGCCCAUGGCGGCAGUGCUUGAGUUGACGUCAACCCUUUCCACUCUUUUGUGGGUUGCAAUGUUGCUCGAUCCAUACCUUUUUCCCAACAGCUUGCGCAUCUAACUCGGCAGUACCGUGUACCUACAGACUUUGUUCGGUACGCUCGGGAUGACAUGCCUGGCCUAUACUCUUACCAACUAUCAUGCUUAUGGCCUAACCGUAGCCUUCAUAGUAGCCUGCGCCAUGACACGAGAGGAACGACACUCAAAUUUCGUGCCGCCCGCCCAUUGCAGAGAACCAUCCAUAGCGCCGAGCCGUCCCUCGUAUCUGGGCACGCUGUCCAUCUCGUAUCCGAUUCGCCAUGAACGCUACAUCGCAGCCAACCUAUACAACGCUCACAUGCCUCUCCUUCAGCUCACCUACCUCACGCCAUCUCUCUGUCCUACACAACCUGCCUAUUUGAUUCUUCGUCCCUUCUCCUCAUCAGCAGUAGUAUUGGCUGCACGGUCAAGUGCAGUCGCGCGCAUCCCCGUUGUCGUGCGACUAUUGGUGGCGUGAACUCCACUACAGCCUUACGCCGUCAGGGGCAGGCAC